AUGGUCUACGACCCCAUCCGGGACUGCGACAUCCCGUCCCCGGCCAUCUCGCGCCGUCCUUCGCAAUGGGAUACGCCGGCCCCACCAGUACCCCCAGCAUUUGCCGACGCCCCGACCGCCGCGCGCCCCGUCAGCGCGGUCAGCGGCGCGGGCUCCCUCCGAUCCCUCCUUAACGACGAUGGCGACGUUGGCUCGCGCCGCGGUUCAGACAUGACAGUCUCAUCGCAUGACGAGGAAGGUGGAAACCGCCCCAACAUCUCCAAACUCCUCAAUGAGACGCCGCCCUUGGUCCGUACUGCGAGCACGUCGUCGGCGCGCGAUCCAUCCUCACCUCGCCACUCCUCCCCGAGCAUGAGCCUCCACCCUUCAAGUGCAGUGCCAGCGCAGCGCACAUCGCGGUCGCCCAUGAUGAUCAACCAGAUCUUGAGCUCCCCAUCGACCACCAUGGGCCAUUCGUACGACCAUUACGCGACUCCGGGUAGCGCAUAUGGUGGUGGUCCGUCCUCGCGUCGUUCGUCGAUGGACACUACUCGCCCAAUGCCCCCUCCUCCAGAGCCCAUCCGUACCACCGACCUUUACAAUACGCCUGGGUCCCAUAGCGCACCCCUCCGCUCCCCGAGCGCAAGCGUUUCGCCUCGCAGCCAGGCCGCGCACCUUCCACGUCCUGGAUCGUCGCGUCCGACCUCGUCCAGAAGCGCCAGUGCGUCCACGCCCUUUGCAGCCGUGCACCCCGCUACUGCGUCGCCCGAAUCGUCGACGCGCCGCCUCUCGGAGGACCACGGGUCGAUCGUAGCACCGAACAGGAUAGCCUAUCAGCCUGCGCAGCCGAGCAAUUCGGCCACCAUCCAGUAUCCCAUUAGCGCCGACGAGCUUGCGAGCCUUCGUGCCGAUGCUUACCACAACAACCCCCUCCGUCGCCGUGGCCGUCGCACGGUUCCCCCUUCUUGGUCCGCGCCGUCCCCUAGAAACAGCGUGAGCGGCCUCGAGCCAGUGAACGAGUACGAGGCCGGACCGUCGUACAGCGGCGGCCCACCAUCGCGCAGGGGCUCGACUGCCAGCGCCACCGCCGAUAUUCGGCCACCGCCCCCGCCCCGUGAAGAUAGCUGGAGUAACAAACGGGGACUCGACGAGGCUGUCUAUGACGACCGCAGCGCACCGCGGAGACGGACAGAUAACUACACGGGCAAGGCGGCCGAGGUUGCCUCGCACUACAACAUGCGCCCCGACGUCGGCGUCGAACACCGCGAGUACUCGCCCAUUAUUGGACUGAAAAAGUUUAACAACUGGGUAAAGUCGGUCCUCAUUGGCAAGUUUGCCUUCCGCGAACGCGGCCAGCCUGGCGCCAAGGUCAUGGACAUUGGAUGCGGCAAAGGCGGCGACCUGAUGAAAUGGAAGCAGGCGCGCAUCGAGCUAUACGUCGCGAUGGAUAUUGCUGCCACGUCCGUCGACCAGGCGCGCGGCCGCUACAACGACUUGCGUGGUCACAAGUUUGACGCGUACUUUUACCCCCACGACUGCUAUGGCAAAUCCAUCAACGAGGUCCUUCCCAACCACCUUCAACGGCCAAUGUACGACAACGUCACCAUGCAGUUCUGCAUGCACUACGCGUUCGAGUCGGCGUCCAAGGCGCGCAUGAUGAUGGAGAAUGUCUCGCGCUACCUGCGCCGCGGCGGUGUGUUUAUCGGCACCAUCCCCAACUCGCAGCUUCUCCUCGAGCGCCUCGACGAGGUCCCUGAAGGCGAGGCGUUGCAAUAUGGCAACUCGUGCUACUCGGUCGCCUUCAACGAGCGUAGGCACAAGGGCCUCUACGGCCACGAGUACCGCUUCUACCUGCAAGACGCCGUCGAAGAUGUGCCCGAAUACAUUGUCGACUGGGACAACUUUGUCAACCUCGCCCGCGAGUAUGGCCUCGAGCUCAUCUAUCGCAAGACGUUCAACGAUGUGCUCCAGGAAGAACAGGGCAGUCGUGAUUUCGGACCCUUGCUUGGCAAGAUGGGCGUCAUCAACCAACAUGGCGAGAGUGCCAUGGACAGCGACCAGUGGGAGGCAGCAAACCUGUAUAUGGCCUUUGCGUUCGAGAAGACGCGUUGA